CCAGCCACUGCAUCAUCAAUAUUUCAUCGGUGCGUCAAUAAGAGGCAGCAGCGGGGACAGCGGCUGCAGCAGCACUCCUGCCAGCACCAGCCACAGCUUGCAAGGAGAGUUGGGCUCCUGUUCCUUCCACCACCAUGGAUGUCUUCAAGAAGGGCUUCUCCAUUGCCAAGGAGGGUGUGGUGGGCGCUGUGGAGAAGACCAAGCAGGGGGUGACAGAAGCUGCUGAGAAGACCAAGGAGGGUGUUAUGUAUGUGGGAGCCAAGACCAAGGAGGGUGUUGUGCAGAGUGUGACCUCAGUGGCUGAGAAGACCAAGGAGCAGGCCAAUGCCGUGAGCGAGGCGGUGGUCAGCAGUGUCAACACAGUGGCCGCCAAGACUGUGGAGGAAGCAGAGAAUAUUGCGAUCAUCUCGGGAGUGGCGCCCAAGGAGGAGCUGAAGCAUCCUGCCCCAAAACAGGAGGACGAGGCAGCCAAAGUGGAAGAGGAAGCGGCUGAGGAGGCCAAGAGUGUGGGAGACUAGAGGGCUGCAAAUCCUCUGCAGAGGCCCAGAGGACCACCCCUCUGCCUUGGGGCCCAUCCCCUCCUGGCACUGGAGUGCCCAAUCCUGGAGUGACCUUUGGGGUUGUCCAUGCUUCCCCACACCUUCAUCCAGCCACCCCAAGCUUGUCUUCUCGUGCUGCCACCACUUCUAUCUCUUUCCCUCGUCCUCCCAGCCUCUAGUACUUCUGACCCCAUAGAUGCUGCUGUGAAUUUUUCUUUUUGAUGAUUUCAAAUAAAACUCAAGUACCAUGCUU